ACUGAAAAUGUGAACGCACUAUUUUCUCUCUCUCUCUCUAUAUAUAUAUAUAUAUAUAUAUUUCUCUGUCUGUUUCAUUAACUGAUUACCGGCUUAUCGGUUAUUCUCUUAUAAACAUUUAUCUCAUUAACGCAACAUUGAUUUGUUUUCGUUGAUCUAAUAAUCAUUGAUCUAUCGUUGAUCUUAUCGAUCGUUGAGAUCAAACAAACCUACGAUCAUCAAAGUGCUACGAAAAGUUGAGAUUUUCUUUUUUUCUGUUAUUUAAAAGUAAAAAAAAGAAACUUUCUCAUACGAUUGAUCUAAUUAAUUAAAAAAUAACAAAAAAAAAAAAAAGAUCGUAAGAAUACGAAUUGAGUUUCGUGGAAGAUGUAAAAGAAGAUUGAAUAUAUUAAUCGGUGACAAUAAUAAAUAGUGUUAAAAAGGAACAAUUAUUCGAGUGAUCUCGAUAUUGAUUAUUAUUAAUAAACUAUCGUAUUUUAUUUUUGGUGCAGUGAAAAUUAUUUAAUAUCUUCGUGACAAUUCAUCCGAACCCCUUCGAUCGUGAUGAAGCUGCACGAGAAGAAGGAAUCGGGUAUCCACAGGAUACAAGAGGUACCACUCGAGGAGUUGGAUCUUGCAAAAGAGUAUAAUGUGGAAAAGACUUUAGGGGAGGGUAGUUUUGCUAAGAUACUUCUUGCAACGCAUAGAGCAACUCAAACGAGGGUGGUUUUAAAGGCAGUCCAUCAGGAGCUCACCACUGAAAAAGAUUUCUUUCGGGAAUUCCAUUAUUCUUAUCACCUGAGUCCACAUCCAAGUAUACUCUGCUCUUAUGCGGUUGCUUUCAAGGCUGAAAAAUGUUACUUCUUCGCUCAGGAAUACGCCCCGUUUGGUGAUCUAUCAGGAAACGUAAAAGCCGGUGGACUCGGCGAGGAUGCUUGUAAAAAAAUCGCAGGACAAUUAGCUUCGGCACUCGACUUCCUUCAUUCCAAACAAUUAGCACAUCGAGAUAUUAAACUCGAAAACGUGUUGGUAUUUGCUCAAGACAUGUCAAAGAUAAAGCUUUGCGAUUUUGGUAGUACCAAACGCGAAGGUAGUUUAGUGAAUAAAAUCCGAUGUACUUGGGUACCAUUUCAACCACCUGAAAUCUACGAAGUAAUUAAAAACGAAAGGUACGCUUGCAAAAGGAGUGCCGAUUGUUGGCAAUUCGGUAUAGUUCUAUUCGUUUGUCUGACUGGUAAUCCACCCUGGCAGAGUGCUGACCUAAUCCAAGAUCCAGACUAUUCGGCUUUUCAAAGGUGGCUCAAAAGACGGACCACCAAAAUACCACCGACUUUUCGACGUUUCACGCCACGUUUGUUGAGGUACUUCAGGCGAGCCUUCGAACAUAAACCUGAAAAGAGACCGCACGUUACAGAAAUCAAUAAAUAUUUAAAGGAUUCAUGGUGCAUCAGUAAAAUCAGUCACAGUGCUACCUCAACGUCGGUAGACGUUAACGAGAGUUUAGCAAGGAGAGGUGACAGUCUUUUGUAUUUGGACACGAUCGUUGACGAUCGUCACAAUGUUGAUGAGAAUAAAAACAAAUUGAGAAAACUUCUUAACAGUUACGGUCUAGAAACUACGGUUGAUCAAAAGGUCGUUACCAAAAGGAUCUGGGAAUGGGUAAUGCAAUGCGAUUCCACCAUCCACGAUCCCAGUUUCAUCGGUGGAUUUGGUACAGAGAAUAUGUGAGAGAUGGUUAAAUCUUUGAGCGAACCGUGCUUGAGAACCAUCAAGCAGGAACGCAAGUUCAGCUUAGCCGAACUCGAUCUGCAAGUUGAGUGUGCUGCGAAAUAAUGUCCCGUGCCGAAUAAGCUUAAGUUAGUAACCGAUGAUGAUAGUGUUGGUGAUGUAGGUGGUGAUGAUGGUGUAAUGUAUAACGAACGAACUUCUUCAUUGUCCAAUCGACGUGGUGAACGUCGAGUGCAAUUUUCUGCAUCGAUCGGCACUUCCAACGUGUUCAGUAAAACGUGUGAUAAACAUUAUCGAACGGAACGAUAUAAUCGAUUAAACUACAUAAUUUUUGCUUAUUUUGAAAUCGUUCAUUGUGAAAAUAAUGACGAAGUCAUAGGUCACGCGACUUGCAAUAAGAAUUAAUUAUCGAAUGACUUUCUCAAAUAUGUUCUUAAUAACGAGAAACCGAAAGAUAAAGAAAGAAAGAAAAAUAUAAGAGAAUACUUUUUUUUUUAAUUAAAUAGUCUUUACUUAAGUGAUACUUCAAACUUUCUCUAUAUUUUUCUUUUCUUAGGUGUACGAAAGAGAGUUCUAGCAUGUAGAUAAUUAAAAAAUAUUAAAAAAAAAAAAAAAAA